GGAAGUCCCGUUAUAAGAGGUGUAAGACAAGCAAAUGUCAUUGAAGCGCCGGAGAUGAAGUUUUGGAGGCAUAGAAGACGAAGGAAUAUUUUUUCCUUAAGAAGGUUUCCUUUUUGGCUUCGAGUUAUCAUAGCUGGUUGGCUGUCGUUUUCUGCUGUAUUCGGAAUUUAUCUGGCAAACUAUGCAUCUGUACAACACCAGCACUCCAUAGUGGAAACGCCUAAGCAACAUAAAUCUCCCUCGGCCAGGAGAAACUUGAUAAUUGUAGCACACGGCCGAUCGGGAUCUUCAAUCACCGGAGACAUUUUUAAUCAUCACCCAGAUGUGUUUUACAUGUACGAACCGCUGCAAACUGUGGAAAGAACACAGAAAGUAUUUAACUUGCAUUAUGACAGCCUUGUGCAGAAAUUCUUAACUGAUGUACUUCAAUGUAAAUUCACUGAUCCAGUCAUCUUGAAGGACAUUGAAACUUACUACCGCAAACCUCUUCAUCCUCGGAUUAGUCACGCUAUUGCCUCGCCGCCUCUUUGCCCUUACAAUAUAUCCGACCCGAGAUGGGAUCCACGACUUUGUCCCAAAAUGACAAGCGAAGCACUUAAAAAUACAUGCAAAAAUGGAUACAUGCUCACUGUGAUUAAGGUUCUUUUGGGACGUAUGCCGGACAAAGGCGGAAUGGAAAAGGCUCUAGCUGUUUGCGAUUCCCCAGACAUUGAUUGUAAAAUAGUGUUGUUGGUAAGAGAUCCUCGCGCUGUGAUACCCUCUUCACUGAGUGUUAGCUUUUACCACGAGGAAGGUGGAGUUGCUAAGCUCGGAACAAGAAUGUUCAGCUACAAAGUAUGCAAAGAGACAGAAGAAAGCCUUAAUUUUGUCAAGAGACUUUCCACUUGGCAACGAAACAAAGUCAAAGUGCUGAGGUAUGAAGACUUUGCGAGAAAUCCUUUAGAAGAAAUGAAGAGACUGUUCGACUUUGCCGGGCUAUCGGUGUUAGAUAGUGUUACAACAUGGUUAAAUGAAAGUACACAUCCGGAUGAAACCAGAUCAGAUAUGAAAAUACGAGGCAGUCCAGCUGCUUUCACUGUGGAUGAUGCACAAAUCGCCAUGAAUCGAUGGAGAUGGAAAGUUCAUCCUUAUGAAAUAAACAUCAUAGAAUAUUAUUGCAGACAUGUGAUGCAGCUAAUGGGGUACAAACCUGUUGACGGAUCACACGAGCAACAAGCAGAUAUCUCCAUCUCUCUUUUAAGCGAUGAUUACGAAGUGAAGGACUGGCAACGAGACAAGAGUGAGGUCAAAUCUGAAAAGGGAUGACCUUAUACGCAAAGAGAAAUUAAGUCUUCAAUCGUUUUUCUUUCCUUUCUCGUCGUAUCAUCAUGAUCAGCGUAAUGAGUAAAUCACUCAAUACACUCAAAGGGUCACUUUGACACAAAAAAACAAAAACUUCAUUACAUGAACAUUUGAGGUGCUUUAAUGUUACAUGAGAAGACACACGGGGUUUGCACUGUAAGUAUCUCGGAGAGCUCCAUACAAUUCCUUAUGAUAAAAUUAUAAGGAAUUGUAUGGAGCUUUUUCAGCACUAGUCGAGGCGCGGUGGGUGUUGUCACAUAUGAUCCUUGCAUAUGAAGCUCUGUGGGAUACUUACAGUGCAAGCCCUGUGUGUCUUCUCAUGCUACAUCAUUGAUUUACAGGUAAGUUAAUGUACUUCGUCCGAGAGGCUGAAAACAGUCUAUGCAUACUCUAAAGAGUCAAAUUGAGUACUAAGAAGAUCCAGGAAAUGACAGUCCUUCGUGACAGAGAGUUAAUCUUACUUUCUUUCAAACACUUACACCCUCCAAACAAGAGAAUAUGAAUUCAGUUCAUAUUCUCUUGCCUCUAAACCAAUCGAAACUAAAAGCUCAUCGAGGCUCGGUCAUAGUGGACAUAGUAGUGUUUUCCGCCCCUCGGGUAGUUUUCCCAUGGGCUCUUUGUAAUAUUUAGUAGUGUUUUUCGCCCUUCAGGUAGUUUUCCCAUGGGCUCUUUGUAAUAUCUAGUAGUGUUUUUUGCCCUUCAGGUAGUUUUCCCACGGGCUCUUUGUAGUAUUUCUCUUUGUCUCGAUUGGCUGCUAUGAUUAGUUUUGGUUUCACGACAGCCAACAGAAAUGCGCGGACGCAUUUGAGUCACUCAGUUUCAGACUGCUUUCGUUACUACACUUAAACGGCAGAUCGUAGUUUAAAGGCGCAUGAAAAUUAUGUUCUCGAGUUCGCGCAUGCUUUAUAUAGUACUGGAAACUUACACGCAAGCGAUUUUGUCUCCAAUAUGGCAUCAGGGGAAGAGUGCAACUACUAACGGCUCGUUUUGACAUCAGCCAAUUUGUUGGUAAGCCCACAGUUUGGUAUCUUUACGUAAACACCACAGACGAAAUAUCUGUGGCAAGCGACUAAGGAAAAACUCUCAGUUUCUGAGUGCUGCCCGAGACACAAGAAUGCAUCUGCUUAGCUCACUUAAAUCUGAUAACAAUGGUGUGCGGAAAUUCCCUUUCCAAGGAAUGAAUAUCCUUUCUUGCUGGCCAUGACAUGAGAGGAUCGUUUAAAAAAGCAAUUUCGCAACAAACUCUUUUGGCUAACUAAAGACAGGCGAAAUAGGUGCCGAACUAAGAAAGAUCCCCAAAAUCUUCUUACGAUCAAUUAGAAACGUACCGAUUUCCUUGUAGGUGAGGUUUCCUUCCUUAACCCUUUAAUUCCCACGAGUGACCAAGACAGAAGUUCUCCUUAAAACAACAAUACAACAUCAAGCAGACAAGUGAUGAGAAUCAAGAAAACUAUCAGUUGGGGGGUUAUUAGUUGAAGUGAUCUAAUACUAAAAUCUCUGCACUGAAAUCAGAAGAACUGUAUUACAGGCAGUAAGAAGAAUCACAUUUUUUUGUAGAUCUUGGGAUCGAGUGAAAGGGUUAUGAUCCAAUAUAAGACUUAUAAAGGCAAUGGCGGUGACUGCUUUUUCGCCGCUCAAAUUCAAAGGUGAAUUGAAAAAUGGCGGUAAUAAUGCCGCGAUCAAGGGAAUCGAUAACCAAAACUCAAAUUUCAACCGACGCAAUGUUAACAGACAACUGGAGGAAUAUGAAAACCCACAGUCAGUUUAUCUUGAAUAAUAAAUAAGCUUCGCAUUUAAUAAAAAAUUGUAACAUUUCUUUUA